AUGGUGGAUGUGAUUAAUUUAUUGAGCGAAAUCCAAAUCAUAGAGACAGGCAAAAGUCAAAUAAGAAAUGACAGUCUGAUGAAACUGAUGUCUACACCUGUAUUAUACAGAUCUGUCACAGUGACAGGUGUUUAUGAAGGUGUAAGACACAUUUCCUGUGUGACGUCAGACCGGGCCUGGAUCAGUGAUUGGUAUGAUAAUUUCAUCUUAACAAACACAAAAGGUGAUACCCUAGAUAGUAUAUAUGAUGGAAAUGGAGCACACACAGUGACCAUUACAGGUGAACUUAUUUAUAUAGACAAGAAAUAUAACAUAAAACUAUAUAAAAACGACAGGACAAAAUCCGCACUGAUAAAGCAGAUAGAGCCAUGGUAUCCAUGGUGUGUAUACUGCUCCCCUUUCAAUGGGGAUCUACUGGUCGGGAUGUAUAGAAAUGACCCAGUAGAACCAGCCAAAGCAGCACGAUAUAGCAACACAGGACAACACAUACAGACAAUACAACACGACAAUACGGGUCAGACACUGUAUAGAAGUCCUGGGGACAUCACAGAGAACCAUAAUGGAGAUGUUAAUGUGUCUGACUCUGGUCGUGAUGCUAUAUUGGUGACAGAUCGUGGAGGAAGACAUCGUUUCUCCUACACAGGACCAUCAGGAGCAGAACUAUAUCCAACAGGAAUCUGUACAGACGUGCUGUCACACAUCUUGGUGUGUGAUGCUUUCAGCCACACAGUGCAGAUGAUUGACAAGGACGGAAAAUUCCUGUCACUAUUUCUGACACCACAACAUGGAAUAGGUGCACCAUGGGUUCUGAGUUAUGAUAACAAAACCCAGCUUCUCUGA